AUGAAAUCAAGAGAAAGUGUAGAGAAAGAAAAGAAGAUUGGAUUAUGCAAAAAAUGUGUUGAAAUUGAAGAUCUGUACAAAGCUAAUUCACCAAGAAUAUAUGAUAAGAUCAAGGAAUUAGUAGGGAAGAAGGGGAUCUCUAGGAAGAAUAUCAAUACAGUUCCAAAGAAAAUAGGUACCUUAGAAUGCUCUAAACACAGAACCAUCAACAUUUUGAGUCAACUUGGUGAAGUAUUGUUAAGAGUUAUAAUAAACAGAUUGAGAGGAAAGAUCAAUGAAAGAUUCUCGAAGGAACAGUAUGGGUUUAGAAAAGGGAAAGGUACCACUAAUGCAAUAUUUGCUUAA